AUGUAUGUGACCUGCAGGACAAUACGAGCCAAUUUACAUGCAAAAGAACUGCUGUUCUUGCAUGGAUGCAAAUCAGGACUCACCCUAUCUGGAAGGCUGCACCACCCAAGCAGCAGCAUACAUCCCAUUGUCAUAGAUGUUCCACUACAAUGGACUCUAGGAAGUUCGCUAAUCGAUACUACUUGCAAGCAACCAGAGGAAAAAAUGACUUUCAAUCCAAUUGAUACAUUCUUGAGAUGAGAAAUAACUUGGCCACGGAAUACAGCUGUUGUUAUGAAGAGCAAUCCCCUUUCGUGCCUCGUUUCCUAUGUAUUUUACACAAAGGAGAGUUAUUACAAGAGUCACAAACCCCUAUCAAACUUCAACCACAUAUACAAUAGAUGUCACACUCAC